AAGGUAUCAAGGGCUUAAAUGUCCUUAGCAAACAUGAAGAGAAAAGCAGAGAAACAUCAGGCGGCAGCUCCGGUCAGCGCAUUCGCCGCACGCAAAGCUCGCCAGCAGCAGGCUCAGGCUCAGGCUGUAGAGGCCUCAGUGAAGCCUGCUCACACAGAAUCGGCCGGUGAACCGCCGUCAAAAAAGCCGCGACGCUCGCUCGAUGAUAAGACUAUCGCCCAGCCAAUCGUGGAGGAACGCCAGACUCGAUCCCAGAAACAAAAAGCAUUGAAAACCGAGGAAGUUCCCCUGAAAAAAAACGAAGAUAUCACGAGAAAGGCCCGUGAUAGGAAACCAGAACCUGUUGUCUCCAGUGACCAUGAGGAGCAGGGCCCUUCAGAUGAAGGUUCGGAGGACGAGGAUGCAAUCGUGGAGGAAGCCGGUGUGAUGUCGGUUUCAGAAAACGGAGAUGGUUACGAAUCUCCCGCCGAUACGCCAGUCCAGACAGUAGAGUUUCCACUGUCCAAGGCUCGUUUGAACAAGAACAAUAUCGUUUACAGCGAUGAGGACACCCUCUGCGUUCGCAUUCGAGAGAAGCUGAGCUUUGUAUUAAUUGGGCAAUAUGACCUUUGGGUCAAACGGGGCGUUGUGAGCUUGAUGGGUGCUAAAUUGCACCCUUCCCCCCGAGUUUACAGAGUUUAUGCCCCAUCAACCCAUUCACUUCCUGUCCUGAAAUGCGUUUCUGGCGUCGAUGGAGCGGCGGAGGUUGAAUUCAAGUCCUGCCACAGUGGGAUCUACCGUCUUCGGGAAUUAUCACCCUUGUAUCAGCGGGUAUGGAACCACAAGAACACGCCGGCGGACAAACUUAGCCUGCAGAAGGUCGGGGGCGCUUCUAAACGGACAUUCUCAGUGCUUCAUACGUCUGGCGACGAUCCUCUGAAUCGACACUUGCGCCCGCUGCAUAUGGAAAAGCAAUGGAGCGCAGCUAUCAAAUCUCUAUCCCAACGAGGUGGGCGACUUCAAGUACUGAUCUGCGGCCCCAAGGCAUCUGGGAAAUCUACCUUUGGUCGGUACCUCCUCAACCAUCUUCUGAGUCCGGCCCCGCAGACGGAAUCCCAGUAUCGCAACACUGAUGGAGUUGCUUUCCUGGAUCUCGACCCUGGUCAGCCGGAAUUCUCGCCUAUGGGCCAAAUCUAUCUGGCGCACCUCCGUUCCCCCGUCUUCGGGCCUCCAUUCACUCACCCAGCCCUGGACAGCCGCCGCGAGGGAACAAUCAUUCGAGCUCACCAUAUCGGAGCAACCUCGCCCAAAGAAGACCCCGACCACUACGUGCUCGCAGCAACCAACCUUCUGGAGCAUUAUCGCGCUCUACUUGCAAGCUACCCGCAAUGCCCGCUCAUCAUCAACUACCCCGGAUGGAUCUUCGGUCUCGGUCUGGAAGUGGCCACCUAUCUCGUGAGAUCGCUCGGGCUCUCCGACGUGGUGUACAUGAGCGAAAAGGGACCGAUGGAGGUGGUCGAGCCUCUCAGCCAGGCUGCGCGUGCGGCCAAAACCGCGCUGACCAUUCUUCCAUCGCAACCCACGGAAUUCGUGAGCCGGUCCAGCGCGCAGCUCCGCUCCAUGCAAAUGCAGUCCUACUUCCACCUGUCGCACCCGACCGAAAUCGCCAACCCGCUCUGGCUGGAAGGCCCCGUCUCCCGAACCAAGCCAUUCCUCGUUCACUAUGCUGGUCCGAAGCAGGGCAUCUACGGCAUCAUGGGGUCCGGCUCCCAGAUCAGCCCGGACCUCCUCGCCGAGAGUCUCGAGGGAGCUCUCGUCGCAGUCGUAGCCGUUGAAUCCCCAACCGCCAUCCCGGUUGCAGGUCCUACUCCUCUGCCCAACUCCCACCACCAUGACGACUACGCAGGCCACGAUGAAAUGGAUAUGGAUGCGAAACCAUCCACCACCAUGCCAACCCUUGAAUCCAACAUCACCCGCACAAGCAAGGAACACCUUCCCUACCUUUUCGUCGGCGCGGGCAGCAGCACCCCCCUAGACCCCAAAUCCUCGCGUAGUCUCGGACUCGCCAUCGUGCGGUCGAUCAAGGCCACGUCGCACCAGUUAGAGCUGAUUACCCCGAUCCCGGGGUCCCAGAUCCGCGGCGCCGUGGAACAGGGCCACGGGAUUGUGCUGGUCCGGGGACUCCUCGACAACCCGAACUGGGCCAUCAGCGAAGAAUACUACCUGGCCCAGGCAGCCGAGCGACGAUUCCGAUCUCGCGUGCGCCCCGGACGCCACUCAAAUCCCAAGUCAACGGGCGAUCUGGGAGACGAGCAGGUUCGGAUCCUGGGUACGUUGCAGGAUAGGAUUCGGCGGGCCCAGAAUGUUCCCUGGAUGACGGUCGUUGAGGAUCGGAGGCAUGUGGUGCAGCGGGGGCAGGAAGGGGCAUUGUGGAAACUCCGGAAGAAGGCAUAUCCCGACAGUGGGAGUGAGGCCGAGUAAACAUCGUACUGUAUGUACUGGUAACUAUAAUUACUCGAUUAAUUUGGUCUACUCACCACCACUCUAUACCUAUAUAGUUACCUCUACUUGUUGAGUUUGUCACCGACCUCCAGAGUAAACUAGUCAAGCAACAGCAUCAUAUAAACAAAGAAUUCCUAGAAUAGUAAUCAUGAGUCAUGGUCUGGUAAUAAAGAUCAUGUGGUGCAGUACUCCGUACUCCGUAGAGCUAUAAUGCAGGUGAGAUAGAUACUUUACCUAAUUCGUUCCUACUAUAGCACUGUACAGUAGUAGCAGUUACUCUGUACGAGAG